AAUCGAUUAUCGGACAACACUACUACAAAAAUAAAGUCAAGAGCAAAGGAAAUGUACUGAAGACUAGGCAGCAUGAUCUUUUGGUCGUCUUUGCAAAUGGGCAAAAGAAAAAAAAGUAAAGUCAGUUAAAAUCAAGGUCAAAAUUGAGAAGAAAAUACUUCAAUGACAAUGAAUGUAAUAAAAUAAAUAAAUGAUAAUUUGAUUAGUGAUUUCGAUAUAAUAUAUGACGCUACCAGUAUUCAUUACUUUUGUUGUAUAAAAAUUGUUAUCAGCGGCAUAUGUAUUUGUAUCUGUAACAUCUUCAAGUUCACUAACUUUAAGUGGAGCAUUACGUUUAAAAGUGUUAUCAAUAUAAUUGGUUUUGCUAUUGUCUCACGGCUAAAUCAGUAGUCUAGAGGUAAAACAUCUUGUAAUUUGUUCGACUUGAAAUAAUGACGACGAUAAGUAAAUUAGGGUUUCCUAUUGUGUCUUCAAGGAGUCUUCCUUUAAUUUCAACAGUACAUCAAAAAGUGCGAAGGUACUAUAACAAAAAAUCACCAAAUCAUGAUUUUGAUGUUGCUGUCAUUGGUGGUGGAAUUAUUGGUUGUGCAUCUGCCAGAGAAUUACUUAUGAGACAUCCAUCUUUAAAAAUUGCUUUAGUGGAAAAAGAAUUCCAAUUUGCUCACCAUCAAAGUGGCAAUAAUAGUGGAGUAAUUCAUGCAGGUAUAUAUUAUAAGCCAGGAUCUUUGAAGGCAAAGCUAUGCGUAGAAGGUAUGAAUUUAGCAUACCGGUAUUUAGAUGAGAAACAUAUACCAUAUUCCAGAUGUGGCAAAUUGAUAGUAGCCACUGAAAGAGGAGAAAUUCCAAGACUACUUGAUUUAUAUGAUCGUGGAAUCAAGAAUGGUGUUAAGGAUAUAAAAUUAUUAGAUUACAAAGGAAUGAAUGAAAUAGUGCCAAAUUGCCAAGGUUUACAAGGUCUUUGGUCUCCUAAUACAGGCAUUGUAGAAUGGGGAGAUGUCACCAGAUCUUAUGCUCAGGAUUUUAUGGAACGUGGUGGAAAGACUUAUCUUAAGUUUGAAGUGAAACGUUUAACAGAAGCAACCAGCGGAGAUUAUCCAGUUACUAUAACUGAUGAUAAAACAAACACUAUUAAAGCCAAAUAUGUAUUGACAUGUUGUGGAUUACAAUCUGAUACUAUUGCAGUACUAACUGGUUGUGCUGAAGAUCCAAAGAUCAUUCCAUUUAGGGGAGAAUAUUUAUAUCUUGUCCCAAAUAAGCAAUCACAGAUUAAGACAAAUAUUUAUCCUGUACCUGAUCCAAAAUUCCCUUUCCUUGGAGUACAUUUGACACCAAAGCUGGACGGCAGGGUUAUUAUUGGGCCAAAUGCAAUUUUAGCAUUUAGCAAGGAAGGUUACAGAUGGACAGAUUAUAAUUGGAAAGAGCUUAAAGACAUAGUUAGCAGCCCUGGUUUCCGAAAAUUGGCGGUUAAAUAUGCAGUUUUUGGUUUGAAAGAAAUGGCAAAAUCUGCUGUAAUCCCCUUACAAAUGAGAACAAUUCAAAAAUAUGUUCAUGACCUGAAAGCAGCUGAUGUGAUAAGAGGACCCACUGGAGUCAGAGCACAGGCCAUGGAUAAAGAUGGGAAUCUUGUGGAAGAUUUUGUUUUUGAUUCAAAGCCAGGCUCUGAAGGUGUAGGAGCUAGGAUACUGCACUGCAGAAAUGCCCCUUCCCCUGGUGCUACUUCAGCUCUGGCCAUUGCAAAAAUGAUAGCAGAUAAAAUGGAAGAUCAGUUUCGCUUAAGUGCAUCCCAUUUAAGGAUAAAGUCUACAGUUUAAGUACUGAUUAAACAUUUCUACAAUACUCGAUUUUUAAUAGAUAAAAUAGUGUUUACUGAUGCAUUUCAAAUGUUGCCUGACCUUUACACUUGGUACUAUAUAGUAUACAUAUAUUUUAUACUUUCGUAGCUGGGUACCGAUAAUCAAAAAGUUAAUUGCUAAUCUGUUGGUGAAAAUAAUAACUUUGUAAAAAAUUAUCGCAAUUUAAUGUUAAACACGUCGGUAUUAUGACGUUGCGUUAGUAAUUUAUUUAUGGGUUUUCUUUGCGCGUCGCAUUGAUUCGCGAAUCGUGAAUAUCCGACUGGAAAUCGAAAAAAAUUACUAAUGCUAAUGAGUCCGUUGUCAAUUUUUAGAGUUAUUUAUUCUUAUUACUUAAUUGUUAAUUAUCGCUUUAACGGUUUCGCGAUCAUGUGCCCAGCUACGUAUACCUUUUUUAUAUUUUUUUUAUUGAAACUAACUGUAAAAUGAGCCAUGUUAUCUUAUUUAAUAAUGAACAAAAAGAAAAACCUAAUAGGUUGAAAUUAUGUUAUUGAUAGAUACAUGAUUACAUGCAGGUCAAUCUGGGGAUUUCAUUGCGACAGACUACCACAUUUAAAAAUGUAGCUAGUACUAUCAUAGUUAAAACGAAUAAUGUGGUGGAAAACUCGCAAUUUUUAAAUUUUCUAAGAAUAUUGUUCGUACCCAUAAGAAUUAAGAACACUCACGUAGUGAGACCACAACUCCCAGGUCGCACUCUAAGCCACAGAAUUCAAAUUUAUUAUGCAUAACGUAAAAAUAUAGCAUUUUGAGGAUAACCAUAUUAUGCCUGAGAAAUUGAGUUUUCUAAAAACAGAAGGAAAUCUGUAACUGGGUUGAUUUGAAUGUUAGAUGGCAGCCACAUCCAUAAAAAGAUCUGUUAAUAGACCCUGGUCGUAAACACACCCUGUGAAAUUGAGAUAUACUCCACUAAGUACAUGAUUUGAAACUUUUGUUAAUAAUAUAGUUAAGUGUAGUUGUAUUCCUUUAAAUCCAUGUUUACAAUUAAAUUAUAAAGUACCUACUUAUCAAUUCCCAUUUUGGUUCUCACAAAGUUGUAUAAAGCUUGUUAGUAUAAUAUUAAGUUUUCAUAUUUUAUUUAAAUGUGUAAAUUACUUGUUAUAAUAAGGUUCGUAAGUUUGACUAUUACAAAGAGAGAUAAGCAGCUAUUUAUUUUAAAUACUAAUAGCCUUAAAUUCUGGAAGUUAGUCAGCCAUUGAUUUUUGUAAACUUUUUUAAAAAACUUUUUCUACAUUUUAUAAAAAUGUAUCUAUUUUAUUAUAAGGGAUGCAUUUUAUAUUUUACUUUUUAUAUUUGACUUUGUUUAGGCUAAAUGUUAUAUGUGGUGCUAAUGAAAGAUAUAUGAUAACAAGUAUCAGAUUCUUUUUAGUAUUUGAUCCUCUGUACCAAUAAUAUUAUUAAGUGUGAAAUCUAAUGGUACAUAGCUAUGAUACAAAGAAACCUUAAACUUGCUAUCAUAAAUCAUUUUGUAUGAAAAAUACUAUUGAUUUACCAUUAAUAAAAUAUGUUAAAAUUA